AGGGUGAAGCGAAAUCUGCGCAGUAGCUUCAAAAUAAGCGCGGACCAAACGAUGGCCGCCUUGCGAUGGCCUUUGGUGUGACACAAAUUACGCUUUGGCUCGUGCACGCACGUCAACUUCAAAUUCUGUUGAUUCUGGAACGGCGAUUGGGGAAUUCGUACUUUGACUAUUGUGAUUUUUCGUAAAAGGAUCUUUGUUUUGGUGGUCUGUUGCAAUGCCACCCUGCCUGGUGCCGGGAUGCAGGCCAGGUUCAGGUUCAGGUUCUGGCGGGCGUGUCUCUUUUCAUUCUCUGCCAAAGGACGAGUCACUGGCUAAGCACUGGCUUGAAGUCUGUGGUCGCUUAGAUUUACUGACUAGUAAGUCAGGCAAGCAUGCUAAAAUAUGUUCUGCUCAUUUCCGGAAGUCUGAUUAUAAAAAUGAAAUGAAGUAUCACCUGCUAGUGGCUGGUAAUUCAAUCGUAAAACCCCGCCUCAAGGCAGAUGCUGUUCCAUCACUAGUUUUGGCUGGAUGGAAAAGGAUAAGGACUGGGCCUCGGGAGAUACGACCAGCCGUACCGAGGGACCCUCAGAAGGAGCAGGAGCGACGGCAGCAUGUUAGCGAGGCUCUGCAUGCAUACGAGACUGGCCAGCUGGAUGGCGACCCAGUUCAAAACCUGCGUCACCAGUUUAAGAUGCGUCGUGCGCGCGGUCACCUGCCAGCCGCAGCCCCGGGCUCAGAGGAGCUGCCAGCACCGUCGCGCAGCGCCGACCCGGUGCGUGUGUUCACCUCUCGCGGCUUCGCCGAGCAGCUGGCGGCGGAGAGCGGCGACGACGGUGACCCCGAGUCGCUGCAGCUGCUGACCGGAGCUGGAGCGGCCGGCCGGAGCUCGUUAGUCACCUUUGCCUCGGUCGGUCGGAGCUCUGACGCUAUGGCAGGUCGGAGGGGCCGGCCGGCGCAGUCCGUGACUGUAGUGGCGGGCGGGGAGCACCAGCUGCCGCGACGGCUGCGCACCGUGCUCAGUGGCCAGCAGCGACUCUGCUCGCUGCGUCUGACGCUGCAGCGGCAGACUGACCAGCUGCAGGCGCUGCAGGCGCGGCACGAGCUCGAGCUGGAGCAGCGCGACGCCGGCGACGAGCCGCCGCACGCGCUGUUCCCGCCGGUGGACGCCGCGCUGGCGGACGCGGACGGCGCGGCCGCCGGAGACCUCCUGCUGUCGCCGUCCACCCUGGAGGAGGCCAAUGGUGAGCUGCAACGACUCCGGGACGAGAUGCUGCAACUUCGCACUGCGCUCCUGGAGAGUGCCGUGGCAGCCAACGAGCGAGCCCUAGAGGCCAACCGGCAGCGCGUCGAACUGCUCUCGGUGUUCACACCGCGCCAGACGGAGGUGCUGCUUGGCCACAGGCGGCGCGCCGACGACUGGGACGUCGAGGACCUGCGUAGGGCCGUGGCGCUGCGUCGUGUUUUUACACGUGGCCAGUACGAGCACCUACGUCUACAGAUGCGUCUGCCGCUGCCGGCACUGCGACACGCAUCAGUUGCGGCACAGACGUCUGCCCAAAAGCGAUGUCUGUAUCAGACACUACUCGACCAGCGAAGUCAGGAGCUUGAGGCAGUACCUUCACCAGAAGCAAACAGCCAUGCCACUAUGGUACAAAAGCGUCAGGGUGAACUGCUUGUUCUGCGCGGCAUGCCUUCAGGUCAUGCUCGUAGGACAAUUCAGAACACAGAGGUAGAGCCGGUUCCUGCGGAACGUCAUCCAUUUUAUCAACGGGUUAGCGUUGAGGGCGUCGUAGAUCACGCUGGCGAUACUGGUGGCAGUGGCGAGUUGUUCGACGCGCUGGUGAGUGGAGAGGUGGUGGUGGACGAGGAUGACGCCGCAGAGGACGAGACUGCUGUCGAUCCGAUGGAGCUGGCAGAUCUGCUUCUGGAACAGACGGUGACAGACGAGGUCGAAAUCGGCUGGGAGGAGGAGGAGCCAGCCGAAACCGUCGCGGACGCACCACGCUCGCGGCCCUUGAAGGUGGCAGUCACGCCGGCCCGCCGAGUCUCGCUCGUGUGACGACACCACGAGAGACUCGCGCAUGGGCUGGCAGCGUCGUGACCGAUAGUUGAUACUGAUGCUUCUUGCUAUAUUGUAUUUUUCGUGUAUCGAAUGUACGCUCACUUCUGUUUACUAGGUCCAUAUUGCCUCUUAUGAAUGUGUCUGUGUUUAUUUAGCAAUGACACGCACCUAGCCAGCAAGACUGGAGCGUGCAUUAGGUGGUUUGGCUGUUGUGUGUGCAAAGAUUGCGCAUUUCUUUGAGCACAUGACAUUUUUUGCCAGCAUGUACGUGCAUUUGUAUUGUAUUUUGCGAUCCUUUUCUUUUUCAUAUGAAUAGUGGAAAGUUGGUUAUA